AUGUCAUGUCUCAUUGCGAUUUUACUAUACACAGGAAGAAAUUCGGGAGUAAAUAAUCGUCUGGUACUUGCUUAUGAAAAUAAUUUUGAGUCUUUUCAUGAGACCUUCACCCUAGACCCUGAUCAAAAAUUUCCUGAACUUGACAAGUCUGUCCCAAUAUUCAAAACACCAACCACAUAUCGACAAGCAGGUACUUAUUUUGCUACAUAUUGUUCACUGGAGAAUACCCUCCCUUUCAUUUAUCAGGUUGUAUUCCAGCAGUUAUCCAAGGAUCUUGGAGACCUUCACAAUCCGCUCAGCUACAAUAUCGAGGGAGAUGACAGCUGCUUUCAACAUAUCAAAUCACAAAUUACGGUCAGACGGUCACGACUUAGGAAAAACAAAAUUUCUAUCAAAUAUUUAGAACAGAAAAUAUGUCCUGAAAAUGUUAUUUUCAGAUUGGCUUACAAUGGUAGAAUAACUUUGAUCAGUGGCACUAGAUCUAGAGCCCCUUUAAAUAAUUCGACUACACACAUUGUAAAACUCCAAGAUCCAUUAGAGAUAAAAAAUUACGUCCAAGGUGGUAAAUUUAUUAAGAUCGGAAAACUUGAUGGCAAAACAUAUUCACUAGCAUGGCUUCAAGGUCAUCUACACAUAUUUUUAUGGCUUCAAAACGAAGAAAUGUGGAAAUUAGAUACCUCUCUGGGUGACGUUAUGCAUAAUAGAAAAUUUGCAAUCGAUUUUCUAAGAGAUACUAAUCUACAAAUAAAAUUGAUUAUGAAAAAAAUAAGUGCGGUGGCAGAAGAGUACAAAAAUUCGAAACGAAUUGAUACCGCGGGUGCACAAACUGAAUCCAAAAAGUCUAUCUCCUUUUACAAUCAAAAAUGUCAGAAUCUUAUGUUAGAGAUUGAUACAAGGACUGCGAGACUCGCAGAAGGCUAUCUCCACGAGGGGUUUUGA